AUGGCCCAAACAGAAACACCCAAAGAGGCCCCCUGGUACGAUGCGUAUCCGGCCCCCGAGUCCGUCGCACCGUCGCUACCCCGCCACGAACUACUAGAGUGGUUCCAGGCCGGCAGGAAGCCCGGACAGGACUUCGUGUUGGUGGACGUGCGCCGCACUGACUUCGAGGGCGGCACAAUUCGGGGAUCGAUAAAUCUACCAGCGCACAGUUUGUAUCCAACACUUGCUUCGGUGCAUGCGCUGUUGGCGAGUAGUGGUGUCCAUCAUGUGAUUUGGUACUGUGGUUCCUGUGGUGGCCGUGGUCCGCGCGCAGCAGCGUGGUUUGCAGAUUAUCUGCGCCAGGUGCAGGAUACAUCGAUGACGAGUAUGAUCUUGGAAGGAGGCAUCAAGGGCUGGGUAGCAGCGGGAGCAAAGUAUACCGAGCUGAUGGACGGGUAUGAUGCUAGUUUUUGGGUGACGAAGUAG